GCGGGACCGAAAGGACCGCUUUGACUCAGCGGGACGGGCGCUCUUCAUCAGAUGCUGCUCACAAGUCCCUGAAGACAUUUGGAGUUUCGUUUUGUGCGCUGUCCUCUCGGAGUCUGGAAAUGGACCUGCACCUCUGGGUACUGCUGGCCGUGUCAAUCCACGCUGCCGCUGGACAACCUACGACUCUCUCCCCGCUCUUCAUUCCUCAGAUCUCAUCAUUUAACUACCCAGGAACUAUCUCUGUAACAACGUUUCAGAUGAAAGCACCACUGUGUUUUUUCAACUUUGGGUUGUGUUCAAACCAGUGCAACGUUUGGGCUGUGGUGGCCAGUGCUUCAACGGGUGUAGCAAACUUUCCAGUUGGGAACUCCUUAACUUCAGCCGUCUUCACCUCAUCUCAGUACAGUGCUGCCUUCCAAGCAAAUGGCUUACAGUAUUACAUGGCUUUAGUGGGGAAUACAACAUCAUUUACUUGUAAGCAACCCACUCCUAUCAACAGUGUCAUUAGAAUCGGCAGUAAUCCAACCUGCACGGGAAACGACUGCAAUGGACCAGUGCCUCCAAACACUGUUGUCAGAGUGAGGUACCUGCUGAGUGACAGUUUAAAUACCAAAAUUUUUCAGGUGACAGCGUGGUCCUCACCUAUCAAGCUUGUAACACCACUGGAUUACAACAGCAUCGAUACAUGGUUUGGGAAGCGAUCUGGAGGAAUGAUUGUCAUCACUUCCAUUUUAUCCUCCCUGACAGGAAUUCUGCUGUUGCUGUUGGGCGCGAUGUUCAUGCUCACAUGCUCUGGCUAUUUCCAAGGAAAAGAGGAAAUUAGCACAAAUAAUCCUACUGCCCUGGGACCUGUGAGCAUGAAGCAGUAUAGCUUCCACCAACGUACAACCCCUCCGAGUACCACAACCUCCAGCGCUGAUCCAUGAGAUGCCUUCACAGAUUCAUUUUAGCCACGGGCUCAUGACAUGUCCAACACAUUGACCGGCCUUUUCUGUUGCUUUCUGUCAUGUUUUUACUGCCACUUUGUGCCUGAGUGAUAAGCCUGCCAGCCAUGCUUCUGAUAUCCGGUGUGGGGAGUUAAAGGGCAUCUCAAAAGAUGGGAAGCCAUUCUAGUUCAUGAAAAGCUGCCUGGCAUGCCGGGUUUCAGUGAAGUUAAAAUGUUUUCCUUUAUUUUUUAUAUAACGCUUAAACAUAAGAAGAAUUUAGAACGUUUGAAAUGGAAAGGCUACCUCCGUAAUUUAGAAUAAAGGAUGGGUGCUAUAUGAAGAUGAAGGAAUCCCACUAGCCAGAACUAGGCAGCUUUGGACAAUCAUCAUAAUUUUCUGAUGGACAUACAUAAAAACUAUUUUUUUUUUAAAUUGGUGAUUUGUACUAAAAUGACACAUUUCUGUAAAUAAAAGAAGCUUAAACGGUUGAGUUCACUUUUAA